CUAAAGCACAGCAGAGAAUAACACAUUGUCCACAAAAGUUAUUUCUCCCAACAAGGGCACGCAGCAAUUUAUUCCGAAGGUGUAAAUUUUCCUGUUCAAAUAGGAGAACAUUUUGACAGGACGCGACGUGAAGAAUCCCGGAGGUAAAUUGUGAAGGAAAGAGAACUAAAAGAUGUCGGACGUGCAAAGCUCCUGGGAUAACAUUAAGGAAAAUGUUAAUAGUACCCCGACCAUGGUGUUUUCCGUCAUUGGUGAUUCCGACAGCUUUGUCCCCAGACCCUGGGCCAAAACAGUAUUCCAGACAGCACUAAUUGAGGCGGCUAAAAGUGGAGGGGAGUCGUGGAUAUUGUACCGAGGUCAUAACAAUGGAGUUUCCGAUAUAGUACGGGAUGCUUAUAGAAAUUAUGGGUACAUGGAAUUCAGUGUAGAUGCUAAUGGGAAAAAGAGGACUAAGGAGAGCGCUAAAGACAAGAAGAAGAAAAGAGAAAACAUCAAGAAUGUUGAGCGACAUGUCAAACUCAUCAGAAUUGCGGAAGAUCAGACAAUCUACGACGAAUCGCUACCGGAGUACAGAGAAGCUGUAGGCGCUGAAGAUGAUUUUUUGUUAAAGUUUGAAAAGUUUGUUUCCGAACAAGAAGUCUCUUUCUUCAGUCAAAAAAUGGAUUUCAGAAUGCCGGUUCCAAUAGCAAUCAUUGUAUGUGAAGGCGAUAUCGAAACAAUUGCGCACAUAUCCGGGGCACUGGAAAUGAAACUUCCGGUCAUUAUAAUUAAAGGCUCAGGAAAAGCUGCAGAUUUGAUAUUGGACUACAUGGAAAAUCCAGAAAAGCUGAGGAAGAAAGCCAGCCUGUUGUUUGGGAUACGAUUUGAUGAUAACAGCUUCGAAACCCUGACGAAGUACCUCGAAACUAUUAAAAAGAAAGAAGACUUGAUUGGUGUAUUUGAUGUGGACAAUGACGAUCCCUUGAUGCUGUCAAACAUUGUUGGUGAAGCUGUCGUCAGUUGCUGGGCCAUGGAAAAAAUUCUGACGGAAGAGAUUAAAAAUCUUCAAACCUUUUCAAAUGAAAACAGACCAAAGUCAGCAUUUCCACAUUCCAAAACGAAUGGUCUUGCAAUGACAGGCUCCUCGGUGGCCUGGAAACUACUAAAGAGAAAUUCAGUGAGGCCUGAGGAGACUAUGAUGAACCAGCUCCUGGAGGACUACAAGAAGGAAUCUAGAGCUUAUGUACUGAACCCGAAGUACGCUUCCCCUACGUCACUUCCGCUUUACUUUUACUUUGGAUAUCAGCUUCUUCAGGAAUCUAAAUUAUUAAUGGACAGUGGACAUAUUCUUCUUCUUGAAGCACUGAAAGCAAACCGCUGUGAUUACGUGAGAGUUUUAUUGGAUCAUGGAGUGAAAUUAAAACUUGACGAUUUACCAGAAUUGUAUGAACAGACUGUCUCUUGUAAGGACUGUAAAUUCAAAGAAGAUGACUGUCUCCACAUGCAGUGGAUAUUGAAGCAAAUCGAAGAGACCCACGCUAAGAAUUUGUGCUAUAAAUACAGAUCAGUUGUUAGGAAACUGAAAGACGCAAAAGCAAAAGAAGAUAAAAAGAGCACUAAACUGAAGAAAGCAGAUGAAGAAAAGAAAGACGAAUUGGAAGAGAAAUUGGAAAAGGCAGAGGAAAAGGUGAAGAAAUAUACGAAAAAGAAAGACAAACUAAACGAUUCAGUCUCAGGGGCAGCCAAAAGUUUAUGCCGCAAGAUUUUAAGAUAUAAAGGUACAAAAGACAAAUCAAAAGAUAAACAAACAGACAGACAGACAAUCAAACACAAAAACAGCCGAAGAAAAAAUGAUAAUGAAACCGUAGAUGCUAACACGGUAGUCGUAUCAAAUGAGAGUAACCAAGAAGGGGAUAUUUCGGAUCUCUUGCUCUGGGCUAUAUUUGCUAACAGAAGGGAAUUAGCCGAAAUUUGCUGGCUUCGAAGUGAAGAUCAUCUACUGACAGGUUUAGUAUGCUCAGCUCUGCUACAGAAGUUAGCUAUUAAGGCAAACAACGUGAAAGAACAGAUCCUGUCAAGCGAGUUGGAGGAACAUUCAAAACUUUUUGAACAACGCUGUAUUGCAAUCAUGGACCGCAUGUACGAAGAGAACACAGAUCACGCCAUUGACCUCAUGGACGACGACGUCGUAAUAUGGGGAAUAACAUCCAGUCCCUUGACCUUUGCGUAUGAAAACUUCAUGUAUGACGUCGUGGCGCAUACGUGUUCUCAGAAGAAUAUGAAUAAACAGUGGUACAACAAUCUUGCCCCGGACCUAGUGCCAUUCUUAAAAUCCGCGUUCCGAAAACCAAAGAAGUUCUUUACAGCCCCACUGACAAAAUACAUUUACAAUUACAUGAUGUUCUUUUCUAUGUUGGUGAUGUACAGCGCCUUUGUCCUGACCAGUAUCAGUACUGAGUACUACGUCCAGGACAUCGCUAGGGUCUUCGAAUACUACGUGUAUUUCUGGGGUGCAGGCGAUUUUAUUGAGGAACUCAUCAGCUGUUUUGGAUGCCUGGAUGCAAAGGGUCGAUCACAUCGUGGAUACUACUCCCGGAUGAAGAGAUACCUGUAUGAUUUCUGGAAUGUGGUGGAUCUUUUGUCGUACGCCUUGCUGAUUACAGCGUUGUUUGUGCGUCAUAUGCACCCCUCCGAAACCUUUACCAUCGCCAGGAGAAUGUUUUCCCUGUCGCUUCUUGUCAUGUAUCUGAGGUUUCUGGAAGUAUUUCUCAUCCACAGGAGAUUGGGACCCACUCUUAUUAUGAUCAAGGAAAUGUUAAAGGAUCUAUUUGGUUUCCUGUUCGUGGCAGUCUUUAUUGUGAUAGGAGUUGGGAUUUACUACCACGCGAAUCUCUGGCCGGAUUAUCAGGGCAUGUGGGAUGGUGACUGGACGAAGUGGAGAAUUUGGCAAAUUAUUUACUACCCAUAUUUUCAACUCUACGGAGAGUUAUUCAAUGACUUUUUGGAAGGCAAAGACCUAUCAGACUGUUCUCACAAUACAUCGGUGUGGCAGUUCGACUCUUCCAUUGAACGUUGUCCUCAAGAAGACUGGACAGUGUUGGGCGUUUCAGCAAUUUACAUGUUGUUUUCUAAUCUUCUGUUGGUCAAUCUCGUUAUUGCCAUGUUCAGCUACACAUUUGAAAGGGUUCAAGAAAACUCCGAGAAAUUGUGGAGAUUUGAGAGGUAUACCGUCAUCAAUGAUUAUGAAUGGAGGAUCCCAUCUCCUAUCAACCUUUUAUUCCUUCCUUAUCGUUUCUUUUGCUGCCCAGGCAGGGAAGGAUGCUGCCUCGACAAAUGUGAAAAACGUUACUACCCAAAACAAGUACGAAUUGAAAACAAGGAAAAAGAGGAAGCCCAAAAGUUUCGUAAAAACUUUCAAAGGAUAACAGCAUUCAGAAUGAGUGAUAAACUGUAGAGAGAAAGUAGAUCAUUGUACGACUGUAGACAGGAAAUAGAUCGUUGUACGACUGUAGACAGGAAGUAGAUCGUUGUACGAUUCCUUUCCUGCAAUAACACAAGGACAAAAUUAGUUUUGAAAAUUGAAACGUUUGAAUUUUGACAUUUGAGAAAACAUGUAAUCAAUGAUGUAUAUUUUGAGUGUUUUAAGUUUCAUCCCAUUCAAGUGGCAAUAGCUUUAUGCAUGAACCUUGUGUAAGCAUACACGCAUUGUCAUCAAUGUUAUGUAUGUGGAGCUUUAGAUUAGUAAAUGAUUUGCAAAUUGUUUGAAGUUUUGCACAGUUUGUUAUAACAAAAUGAAUUUGUCUUGAUUUUAUUGCAUAUUGUUAUCAAAAUCCCCCACUUUAUUUUUCAUUUCAUGAUUUCCAAUGUAUAAUGAAACAAGCCUCGAAAUUUAAACAGAUAGGUAUGAAUAAUAUACGUACGUAAUGGAAGUUACAUAUAUUCUUUUCGAUAUAAAUUCGAAGCUGCUAUUUGAAGCACAUUCACACGCACAUGCAAACAUAUCCCCUCUUGCAAUGAAUUGCGAGGGGAUGAAAAUUCUACAAACGAAUUGUGGACUUACGGAUGUUAUAUUUAUAGAUGCACUGAUUUAUUCAAUGGUUUAGGGCAUAAUAUUGUAUUGCAUAGUAAUAGAAAUAAAAAUGAUAUUUAAAGAUA